AUGAACCUCCAGGGACAGGACUGGAACAGCGUGAGCGCUGCCGUGAGCACCGUCAAGAAGCACGAUGCGGGGUCCAACAAGGCGAGAGCAGGCAACCCCAAUGCUGUGAAGCUGGACGCAGAAACCGAGGAUUUCCAUCACGAGCAAGUGAGCUCGGAGCUCAAGAAGCAGAUCCAGCAGGCCCGCCUGGCCAAGAAGCUCAGCCAAGCACAGCUAGCUCAAAUGAUCAAUGAAAAGCCCCAGGUGAUCAACGAGUAUGAGGCAGGGAAGGCCAUUCCCAAUCCCCAGAUUUUAGGAAAGCUGUCGCGUGCCCUAGGGGUGACCCUGCGGAAAAAUCCUGGCAAGAAGUAG